AUGCAAACAUUUAAGAAGGAUGUAUGUAAUUUACCUGCUUGUUUUGGGAGAGCGCGCCAGUUUUCAUGGCCAUAUUUCUGGAUGAAGGCUAUGAGUUUAAGGUCUUCUGCAGGGCUCCAAGGACCUCUCUUCACUUGGGUCUUAUCACAGCAUGGUGCUCUUCCUUUUCCCAUGGUAAAAUUUGAUGUUAUGACUGAAUAA